CCACGAGCUCAUAUCUAAAUAUAAACACGAAUAUAACCCUGGCUCAAGCUUCCACGCUGUCCAAAACAGAAGAAAAGGUUUCGCCUUUCUGCUUUGUGGACUCCCUACAUAUGCAAGCACUUCGUGUGUAUCACUCUCUAUCAUGGCUCAUCAAGCGCACGCCAUCCCGUGGCACACACUAGCCGAUCACCUGAAGUUCACACCCAACAAUUCACGAUACCUAGACAUCACGAACCUCUACCCACGGUGCAAGCCAGAUCAAGGCAAGCAGUUGCAGCACUUUGCACGAGUAUUUGCGAGUGUGCUCACGGAAUACUCCGUGGUCGAGCGCAGGAAGUAUGCCGCAGAGUACACCGCCCCCGAAGACAGCGAAGUCAUCAUAUCCGAUACCACGGCCAAGAACAUUGAAAAGGUCAUGAGAGAAUAUACGAAGGCGAAAAUCAAGCAAGACCCCGAUGCCGAAAAAGAUCCGCUGCGCCCUAGGAAACGCACAAUCGAGCCAUGGAUUGAUUCAUCUACUUACAACGACUGCCACCCGUGUGAUAGUCUUCUCGAAACUGAUGAGUUGCUCCGCACAUUGAUUCUAUAUGGAGAAAUGGAUACUGUCUUUCGCAUUGCAUGUCACCCACAGGUCCGACUCACUAAAAUGUGGAGGCAAGGUAACAGGUUCGCAUUCGAUAUCGAAGGGUAUGGGCUCUGUGAGCUCAAAGAAACAGCUUUACUGGCAUACAUCUGCCUCAAUGUGUUCCAUCUCAAGCCGGAGCUCUACGACCCGAUCAUGCGCGCACGAAUGCUCAGCAGGAAAGCAACCCAGAAUGAAAGCAUGGUCUCGCCAGAGAUGUAUGAUUACCGCCGUACCGCUGCGUAUCAGCGGAUGCUGGUGUAUUGCACCGGAAUCGGAUACUCGUACCCGCACUACGGAGCGCACAAAAUUCCCCAUCGCGAAUUCUUCGGUGUUCCGCACGGCAUGUACAUCAAUCGGACCCAAUGGCGCACUCCUUGCCCAACAGACCCCGUAAUUUACGGGCGGGCCCAUCUGAACGCCCUCACGAACAAGAAUUUCCCCCACCAGUAUGUCCCAGGCAAAAGCGACAUCCCCGUCGUCAUAGCACUCUUCCGCAAAUGCGGACUCCCGCCCGAGAUAGCGUUGCAGAUAUUGGAUUUGGCCGAAUAUAUCCCCAGAGGGCGGCUAUAUAUAAGAGACGACCCGCUACAUCUUGACAACGCGGAAGAGCUGAAGAAGUAUCUUGGGUAUUGCUGGAAGCUGCUAGUCCGAAUAGAUAUGACGUUAAAAGCGAAUGGCCAAUGGCUGGAUUGGGAGAGCGAGGUCGCGGACGCGGUGUACAAGUUGUUUGGACAGGCGUACCCGAAGAUGUCUGAAGUGGUGGUGGAUUAUGGGACUGAAAGGCAGGAUGUGGCCGAGAGGAGGGCUAGGAGGCGAUUUGUGUGA